AUGCAGGUCGGGAAUGGCUACUUCGCAUUCGGGGCCGACGUCACCGGCCUCCAGACCUUCCUCCCCUGGGCGACGAUGUCCGACUGGGGAUGGAAGAACGACUCGCUUCCCGCAGGUACGACCGAUGCAGACAUUGCGGCCUACCGUGGCAACGUGACAGAGGAGGCGCUGGAAGGAAAAAGACAGGUGCUGAAUUUGUGGACGGGUACGGUGACAAGCACGUUCCAAUGGGAGGGGGCGGACGUGCGUGUACAGACCGUCGCGGCGCAGGAGAGCAACACAGUCGGCGUCACAAUCACGUCCCCGCUCCUGCAACGCGGCCGCCUCGGAGUGUUCCUCGACUUCCCGUGGAACGAUGGCGUCCAGAAAUUCGAGGCGCCCUUCGUCGGCGUGUGGAACGCGACGAGCAACCAUACCACGGCGUUGCGCACGGGCGGUGGGCUAGGUCGUAAUAUCCAGGCGCAGAUCGCGCACACGAUGGACGCCACGACGUUCUUCGCGUCCGUCGGAGGAGACGCCUUCUCUGCCAAGCGAGUCUCGCCGGAUGCGCACCGCUACGAGAUCGUCCCGCGCCGCGGCCAGAAGGAGUUCUCCGUCGCAGUCGCGUAUUCGCCGGGGGCAGUCCAGGCAGUAUCGGGCGUGAAGGAGAUCCAGCGCGAGUCCCAGCAGGCUUGGGAGGACUUCUGGUCCAAUCACGGUUUCGUGGACGUUUUGACGGGAUCCACUGAUGCCCGCGCGGAGGAGCUGCAACGGCGCAUCAUCCUGUCGCAGUAUCUGUUGCGAGUGAACGAGGCGGGUGAUUAUCCUCCGCAAGAGUCCGGCCUAGUCAACAAUGGAUGGGUGAGCAAGAUGCAAGGCUAUUCCACUGGAGCGCGCUGGUCCAAAAUGACCGAUCCAGCUGGGCGGUCAGCCCCGGGGGAGAUCAACGAGCUCCUGAUCUGGGAACAGCCGCACCCGCUCGUAUUCGCCGAGUACGAGUAUCGGGCCACCCGGUCGAUGGCGACGCUGGAGAAGUGGCACGACGUGGUGCAUGCGACGGCGGAUUGGAUGGCGGUCUAUGCCCACCGGAACGCGAGCACCGGCUUCUUCGAUCUAGGCCCACCGAUGUACGUCGUGAGUGAGGACACGAGCCCGAACGUGACGCGCAACCCGGCAUUUGAGUUGGCGUACUGGCGUUUCGGUCUAGACCACGCGAGCACUUGGAUGGAAAGAAUGGGAGAAGCGGUGCCGGCCGAGUGGACGGAGGUGAAGGACAACCUGGCCCCACUCCCGAUCGAAGACGAACUGUACGCGGUUUACGAGGGGAUCCCGAGCGACUUUUGGGAUACGCCGACGUUCACCAACGACCACCCGGCCAUGGUGGGCUUGUAUGGAUGGUUGCCGCAAACCGCGAACGUGAGUUUGACCAUGGCCAAGGCGACGGCGGAGAAAAUUUGGACGAGUUGGAACAUCAGCAACUGCUGGGGAUGGGACUUCCCCAUGCUGGCGAUGUCCGCAGCGCGCAACGGAGAGACGGAGAAGGCGAUAGAAUGGCUGCUCCACCCGCUGUUCGAAUUCGACGACGUCGGGAUGCCCGUAGGCGGAGUGCGUGUUCCGACUCCGUAUUUCCCGGGUUCCGGUUCGCUGCUGUAUGCGAUGGCGAUGAUGGCUGAGGGGUGGGACGGAAGUAAGGGUACUGCACCGGGAUUUCCGAAAGCGGGGUGGGAGGUACGCACGGAGGGGAUGAGCAAAGCGAUGUGA